ACCUGCUGGGGGCUCAGGAAUCAGGAUCUACUCGUCGAUGUUUAAUUUAUUGUUUUCGGGUUGCCUUCCUCGCAAUUCCCGCUAUUGCAUUUUUGCUCAUAACGUGCAAAACACGAAUACUCAUUAGAAAUACAUAUGAUUAGAUUUACAUAUCACGCAUGAGUUAUUGGUCUAAAGUUAUAAAUGGAGACAUAAAGUUGUAUUUUUGGACGCUCCAGAGCCUCAUCGCAACAUCAGGACCAUGGCAGCUUCGCAAGAUGCAGGUAAGGUGCGCCGUAUGCAGCCACACUGGGCACCGCCAACUGGAACACAGGUGCCAAGGCUGAAGCUUUACAAUAGUCUGACACGACAGAAGGAGGUGUUCAUUCCACAGUGUGGGAACAAGGUUGCCUGGUACAGUUGCGGACCAACAGUAUACGAUGCCUCUCAUAUGGGCCAUGCGAGGUCUUACAUUUCUUUCGACAUUCUGCGCCGAGUCCUUCAUGAUUACUUCAACUAUGACGUUCUCUACGUUAUGAACAUCACUGACAUUGAUGAUAAGAUCAUUAAACGAGCACGGCAGAGCCACCUACUGGAGAGUUAUGCAAGUAAUGGAAAAUCCCACUCCGAACUGCUUCAGGAUGUAGCACAGGCUAUGCAGGUGUUUACCAAGAAGAUGGAGACGGAGGAGGAUGCGGACAAGCGGACGAUGCAGCAAAGCAUCGCUGAGAAGGUGAAGCAGGUGGUGUGUGAACUGAACGUGGCCAUAGAGGAAGGGCGACCAGAGGAUGCCAUCCAGGCAACGAGAAAGCGGUUACUGGAGGUGGCGUGUGAUCCGCUGGGUGAGUGGCUGGAUGCCGCUCUCAGCGCCACCGUCACCGACAACUCCAUCUUCAACAAGCUGCCGCGCUUCUGGGAGGGAGAGUUCCACAAGGACAUGACUGCCCUCAACGUGCUUCCAGCCGACUGUCUCACCAGAGUUAGUGAGUACUGUCCUGAGAUUGUCGAGUAUGUACAGAAGAUAAUCGACAACGGUUUCGCAUACGAGUCAAACGGGUCGGUGUACUUCACCACAGAUAUGUUUGACAGAAGCAGUGGGCACUCCUAUGCAAAGCUUGUGCCAGAAGCAUACGGAGAUAGCAAAGAAUUGCUGGGAGGAGAAGGCGAUCUCUGCAUAACGGAGGACAGGCUGAGCGAAAAGCGAUCACCGAACGACUUCGCACUGUGGAAGGCUUCAAAGCCUGGAGAACCGGCUUGGGAUUCUCCAUGGGGCAAGGGUCGACCAGGUUGGCACAUCGAGUGUUCUGUUAUGGCAAGCAGCAUCUGUGGAGAGUCCAUUGACAUUCACACGGGCGGUUUCGAUCUCAAGUUCCCUCACCACGACAACGAGUUGGCACAGGCUGAGGCGUACUUUGGCAAUGACCAUUGGGUGCGCUACUUCCUGCACACGGGUCAUCUAACCAUAGCUGGGUGUAAGAUGUCAAAGUCGUUAAAGAAUUUCAUUACCAUCAAGGAAGCACUGCAGCAGUACAGCGCGCGGCAGCUGCGGCUUGCCUUCCUGCUUCACUCGUGGAAGGACACGCUAGAUUACAGCUCAAACACGAUGGAGCUUGCCAUACAGUAUGAGCGAUCGGUGAAUGAGUUCUUCCUGACGGUGAAGGACAUCGUGCGGUCGACGCCCAGCAGCGGCGUCGAGGCGUUCAGCAAGUGGAACGACGCGGAGAAGGACCUCGAUGCAAAGUUCCACGAGCGACGAUCCGCGAUCCACGAGGCUCUAUGCGACUCGGUUGACACGAGAACGACGAUGGAUCACCUCAGAGAGCUGGUGAGUGCCGGUAACGUGUACAUCCGUGGCAGGAGGGAGGGCAAGCAGCCGCCCAACAGGGCACUGCUCAAGGGCAUUGCCGUCUACAUCACGCACAUGCUGAAGAUAUUUGGUGCUAUAGAGUCAGAGGAUCCUAUCGGAUUUCCAUUAACAACGGAAGGUUCCCAAAAUCUGGAGGAAACCGUUAUGCCUUAUUUGACUGCCUUUGCUGACUUUAGAGAAGGCGUCAGGAAGGUCGCACGUGAGCAAAAAGUGGUGGCCAUUUUGGAGCAGUGUGACUCUGUGAGGGAUGAGGUCCUGCCCAACCUGGGAGUGAGGCUAGAGGACGUUGAAGGUCAGGUGGCCACAUUGAAGCUUGUUGACAAGGAGACUCUUCUGCGUGAGAAGGAGACAAAACGACAGGAGGAAGAGAAGAAGAGACUAGAGAAGGAGCGUCGGAAGCAGGAGCAGCUGGAUGCACAGGCCGCGCGUGAAGCGCAGAAGCGGAUGCCCCCUUGGGAUCUCUUCCGCAGUGAGAAGGACAAAUACUCUGCUUUUGACGACAAGGGAAUGCCAACCCAUGAUGUCACGGGGAAGGAGCUGCCUAAAUCUGCCACAAAGAAACUAGCAAAGUUAUACCAACAACAGGAGAAGAAGUACAACGAUUACUUGAAGAGUGUCGAUAGUAAUCAAAAGGAGAACGCAUCUACAUAAUGUUUAGCAAAAUAUCUGGGAUACAUAAUAAACAUAAUAGAACUGAAAUUGUCUAUUAUGUGUAUGUAUUUUAAUAAUAUGGAAUUUUCGGUAUUAUAUUAUGCUUGCAUGUGUGCUAUUAUGUUUAUUAACCAGCAAAGCAAGUUAGCGAAGUAACCGUUAGGAUGAUUGUGAGGAAAUCAAUGUUCUCUUGAUGAAUAAAUUUGUCAUUUAAUUUUACAAAUCAACAUACAAUUUGAUGCCAAGUCGGUAUAUGUGUGUGGUAUAGCUUUGGAAUAGGGAAUAUUUAUGGGAAGGGACCACAAAACUGAAGGCAAGUGUGUAUUAGAAAUUUGUUUUAUGGUAAGAUGGGGAAAUUUAUUGGAGAAACUUCAAUGCUUUUUAUACAAAUGUGUAUGCACAGAAGAUGCAGUAUUUGUUUAAAUUUGGUUGAAUAUGUGGAAGGCAAUAAGGAUCUGGGUAAAGGUGAAAGGUUUCAUUCUUGGGAAAUGUGCCUAAUUUAAAAAUUUGUCUAACAUUAUGUGGAUAGUAUGCAUAGUAUGUGUAUACAGGACCGAUUACUCUGUGAGUAUGAAUGUGCCACUUCGUGUCCGUUGUGUGGGUUAUCAUUUGUCUCAAGUUCUGCUGGCUCUUCCAAUGUAACUUACGCACGAAGGGUCGUUGUUGUAUAAUGGCGUAUAAUAUGUAACCGAGGUAACCAUUUGAUAUGGUUAGGGUUAGGGUUAGGGAGUAGGCGUAUGCGACAUACUCGCCGACACCUCGGGUACUAUACUCGGGUACAUAUACGACAACGACCCCUUCAGCGUAACUUACAUGCAUGUAACUUAUGCAUGGUAACUUUACAGUACAUGCAGUUUCUUGCUUAAAUCCUAAAAUUAACAUUAUGUUUGCAAUAUUAUGUACUAUACAAAAAGCCAGUAACAAAAUCUCACUAAAA